AUAGGACGACAAAGAACAACCAGUUUAUUCCAAACAAACAAAUACAAACAGAUACCAACGAAAAUUAGAUACAAAACCUAAACACAGACUCCUUCAUGACAACGAAAUGCACUAGCCAUAUACCCGUCUCCGAAUGGAGCAAUUUCAGAUUGAAAACUUGAAAAGCACAUUGAAUACUUGUUGUAUCCUUCGCUUAGCGGGUUCCACAUUAUUGCUACAGGCAAUUGGAGAAAAUAUGGCGAUGAAAAACACAUAAAACAAAAAACAAUUUACGACAACUCGACCGCACGUACAGAGAAGAAAGGAGUUAGCAAUAUAAACACACUGGAAACAUCAUGUCAUGGCUUUGUUAGUUCAUCGCAGUCGCAGCCAAUAGAAUUGCCAGAAUUUAGUUAUGAACCAAUCACGUUCAACCAUUGCCACCGUCAUAACAUGGAGGACAAGAAAAGACGAAAAGUGAGUUAGUCUGAGAUUUUCUUCAAAACAAAUGGAACAGUACAAUAUACUCGGUCGUAUUGGGGAAGGAGCUCACGGUAUUGUUUUCAAGGCAAAGCACAUUCAGAGUGGCGAGGUUGUUGCCUUGAAAAAAGUUCCUUUACGAAAACUCGAAGAUGGUAUUCCAAACCAAGCUUUAAGAGAAAUUAAAGCCCUUCAAGAGAUCGAAAAUCAAUUUGUUGUUCAAUUGUUUGAUGUGUUUCCUGAUGGAGCUGGCUUCGUGUUGGUGUUUGAGUACAUGUUCUCGGAUUUGUCUGAAGUCCUUCGGAAUUCUGACAGUCCACUGACUGCAGCACAGAUUAAGAGUUACAUGGGUAUGUUACUCAAAGGAAUUGCCUAUUGUCAUCAAAACUUUAUUAUCCAUAGGGAUUUAAAACCUGCUAAUCUUCUCAUCAGUUCUUUGGGGCAUUUAAAAAUUGCUGACUUUGGUUUGGCUAGAAUCUAUUCUUCGGAGGAGAACCGCUUGUACAGUCACCAAGUGGCCACAAGGUGGUACAGAGCUCCAGAAUUGCUAUACGGAGGUAGAAAAUAUGAUGAAGGGGUUGACUUGUGGGCUGUCGGUUGCAUUUUUGGUGAACUUUUGAACAAUUCUCCACUAUUUCCUGGAGAGAAUGAUAUUGACCAACUUUGCUGUGUUUUACGAGUUUUGGGAACUCCUGAUGAAUCCAGUUGGCCGGGAAUGACAGAACUUCCUGAUUAUAACAAAAUAACAUUUCCUAUGAUGCCAGCAAUUCCCUUGGAAAAAUUGGUGCCUGAUGCAAGCACAGAGGCUAUUAAGUUACUGAAAAUGUUCUUGGUUUAUCCCUCAAAGUCAAGAAUACCUGCAUCUGAAGCAUUGCUUCAUCCUUACUUCUUCAAAGAGCCGUUACCAGCCCAUCAUUUGGAAUUGCCAAUUCCAACUAGGAAUAUGAGGCAGCCCAGCUUGCGUGUUGGGAAAAAUUUUGAUACUGAAGCACCAUUGGAACAGUCUGUCAUCCCACCUGAUGAUAUCAAACCAUUCAUUAGAAGAUAUUGAUUGAAGAAUUCCUGCUUCUCUUUUAACUGUCUAAAAUUAUUAUUUGUUAUUUCAAAUUCAACAUUGACAUUGCUCAGGUAAGUAAGGCUUAGCUCAGGGUAAAGAUAGACUGUUAAUUGUUAAUGAAAGAUCAUGAGAGCAUAGGAUGAAAGUAGGUCUUUAUGCAUAGGAUACUGAUAGAUAACUAUGUACACUGAGGCUCAUCAAGUGCUUACAUCAAGUGCUCACUUUAGUUGUCACAUAAUUCCCUAUAUUUAACAGUUUGUAGAUAUAACAAUAGCAGUGAGUUCUUUAGUUUUCUUUGAGCUGUAUCUAUUUGUAUUUUAAUGUAAUAUAUUUUGUUCUGUGUUAUGUAUGAGGACUUGGAAA